AUGCACACGUAUGACAGCUACUAUCACUGUUUGUGUGGCACACAUGUUCAUGUAAGUUAGAUUUUAUAGUUUAAUAUUGUAUUAGCUUUGAUGUAGAGUAUAUUUUGGUUUAGUAUUUUUUGAAAUUUAAGUUUUUUAUUUGCUUUUGGGUUAUUUUUUGAGUGAAAGACCUAAAAUAUUGUGUGAUGGAGGAGUGCUUUUUGUUGUAAAUUGGUUAAAAAUUUAGCUGGGAAGUUGAAACUUUAAGGGAAUGUAGAAUAGUCUUUUGCUCAACUAUUGUAAUAAACAAAUUUUUAAAAUUGGGAAAGCUUUAGAAGUUACAGUAAUUUUACCGUAGCACCUUCCUUGUUUUCGAUUUUUGAUUGAAAAAGUGGACUUUUUUAAUGAAAAUUUGGACGUUCAGAUAUAAAAAUUAGAAACAAUCAAGGUCUCAAUGUCUUUUACAUGAUUCAACAUCAUUUCAGCAUAUUAAUAUAAAUAUUGUUUCAGCAAGGUACGUUCCUAAUAGCUCUUCUCGGUUGCAUUCAAUGGGGUCUAUCCGCCUUUCCAAUGAUCGCAGCUGCCUUUGCAAUCAACGAAUUCAGUGGAAUCUUCAUAGCAAUCGUCUCCGGAAUUCCACCGUGGUGUCUGCUCAUUGGCAACAGAUGCGGCAUCGCAUGGUGCUACUACCCACAUCUAUUCAUCAACUGUAUUGCGGUAGCGGCGACGACAAUAUUGGCUGGCAUUUUGUUUUUCUUCGGAAUUUCGGCUUCGAUUGUUGGAUUGCCGGAUAAUUUGCGUGAAAAUGACGUUUUUAAUGAGGAUGAAGGCUUCAGACUUGGUAUCGCCAUCAUCAUGGGCUUGUUCUUGGCAUUGUUUGCUUAUAUCGAGUACUAUUUGUUGAGAGUUGUGUACAGAGGGUACGUUUAUUUGAAGGAUGAGUGCUCAUUACCCGCCAAUGACACUACUGUGGAUUUGGUUUAG